UCAGUGAUCCGUGGCUGUCAGUAGAACGACAAUCGCUACCGGUAAAGUACUUCCGCGAUGGUUAUGUCCCGCAGUUGUAUAAAACGAAGCAUCGAUCCAUCAAUUCGAUACAGUUUGCCUUCAGCGCUUCAAUCGUCAAAACCCACCAACACUCAAAAUGAAAGCCAUUUUCGCCCUGGUCAUCGCAUCCUUGGCUGUUGCAGCCCACGGAUCGUAUCUUCCUGCUACCACCGCCGUCGUCACCGGUGCUGCUGCCGCCUGGCCCUACAACGCUGGAUGGAACUCGUGGAACGGAUGGAAUGACUGGAAUAACUGGAACGGCCUCUAUAACCAGCACCAUGGAUUGGUGGGCUACCCAUAUGCUCAGGAUUGGUCGCCAGCUCAUGGUCUGUAUGGACACAAGACCGUUGUCCAGGCGAACCAUGGAGGUCAUGCUUCCUAUCCGUGGGGUCUGCCAUGGGGAAGCUACGGAGCUGGAUACGCUGGAAACUACGGAUGGGGCAAGAAGGUGGUGUACUGAAUUCAAGAGAUAAUGAUGAAAUAAAGGAUUUGGCCGUUUAGCAAUU